AUGGAGUUGGAAACAAUAGAAUAUAAUAAAAGUUUUAAUAUUUGCGAAAAUGGAGAUAGUAAAGGUGUUCAACUUACAUUUAAAAAUAUAUCUUAUAAGGUAGAAAAUAAAAAUUAUAAUAAAAAUAAAAAAGAAAAAAAUAAAAAUAAAAUUGAUCCAGAAUUUGUUAACCUAGAUAAUAAAACAGAGAAUUCAAAUGAAAAAGAAAUUACUAUUCUAUAUAAUGUUGGUGGUGUUAUUGAAAAAGGAGAAUUAGUUGCAUUGAUGGGACCAUCAGGUUCAGGUAAAUCAACUUUAUUGGAUAUUUUAGCACAACGUAAAUCAACUGGUAAAAUAACUGGUCAAUUAUUAGUUAAUGGUAAAGAAAUUGGUGAAGCUUACAAAAAGUAUUGUAGUUAUGUUACACAAGAAGAUGUUUUAUUACAAACUUACACUGUAUUUGAAACAUUAAAAUUUUAUGCUGAUUUAAAACUUCCAGGUGUUUCUGAAAUUGAAAAAAUUAAAAGAGUUGAAAAAGUAAUUGAGGAUGUAGGUUUAACAUUGAAAAGAGAUUCAAGGGUUGGUGGGGUUUUGGCAGGAGGAGUUGCUGUUACUGGUUUAUCAGGUGGUGAAAAACGUAGAGUUAGUAUUGGUUGUGGUUUAAUUACAAAUCCAAGUUUAAUAUUUUUAGAUGAACCAACAAGUGGUUUAGAUUCAGUUGCAGCAUUACAAAUUAUGAAAACAUUAUUAAAUUUAACAUUAAAAGGUGUUACAGUAAUUUGUAGUAUCCAUCAACCACGUCCUGAAAUUUUUCAAUUAAUUAAUAAAGUAAUGGUAAUUAUUAAAGGUAAAAUGAUAUAUAGUGGUAGUAAUAUUUUGGAAUAUUUUGAAUCAUUAGGUUACCCAUGUCCAAAUAAUACAAAUCCAGCAGAUUUUUGUUUAGAUUCAGCAGUUGAAAUUGGUGAAGGUGAACGUUAUACUGAAAUUUGUAAUCAAUGGGAAAAUAAAUGGGAGAAUCAACUAACUAAUGAAAUUGAAUAUCCAUCUUUGAAUGUUGAUAUUCCAAAAACAACUUCAUGGGUAUACCAAUAUUGGAUUCUCCUAAAUAGAGAAUGGAGAGGAUUUAUUAGAAAUAAAGGAAAUGCAUUAUCAAGAGUAAUCACAGCAAUUGUUAUUGGAGCACUUUUUGGAUCGUGUUUUGCAGGUCUUAAAGAAUCAGAUGCAGAUGUUCAAAAAAUUAUGGGUACACUUUUCUUUUUAACCACUGGUUUAAUGUUAUCACCAUUUUCAAUGAUUACUCUUUUCCUUUCAGGUAGACAAUUGUUCAAUUCAGAGAGAGCUUCAAAAAUAUAUCAUUCUUUUCCUUAUUUUUUAUCAAUGAUUACUGUUGAACUAACGAUUGAAUUCUUUGUAACAUUGGUAGAAGUAACAGUUUGUUAUAUGUUGGCUCGUUUGAGGAUGGAUGCCGGUAGAUUUUUCUUUGCUGUUUUAGUAUACAGUUUUAUUCACUCACUUUCAACCUUUUUUAUUAGUUCAUUAGCUAAUUUGACUGGUACAAGUGAUUUAACAUUCUCAUAUGCUUCUUCAUUAAGUGUUGUUUUCAUGCUAUUUGCAGGUUUUUAUGUUCCUACAAAUGAAUUACCAAGAGCAUUUGGAUGGCUUCAUUGGGUCAACCCAGCAUUUUAUGGUUAUUCUUCAGUUGUAAUAAAUCAAUUUGAAGAUUUACAAUUAAAGUGUACAGAUGAACCAUGCAAGUUUACCAAUGGAAAUCAAGUUAUUGAAUAUUAUGGAAUUGAAGAUUGGACAAGAGGUGGAUCAUUUGGAGUUUUGGUAGCUUGGGCAACAUUUUUUUAUUCAUUAAGUUAUUUUGCAUUGCACUUUUUACACAGAGAAAAAAGAUGA